GUUGCCAAUGGACUAUUUUAAACAAACCUCGCCGAAUGAAUAUCGAUACCUAGACUAUUAUCGGCACUGCCAGAAGCAAGACGAUUUUACGUAUUCUUUCCGACGAGAAGCUGAUAAGCUCCAACGUUGCUUAACUUUACUUGCAUAUGAUAAAUCGGAAGAUGUCAGAAUUGGUACCGCUCGUUUGUUGUCUAGUUUCGAGCAGGAGGAUCAACCUGCUUUACGGCGAACCCGUCAUGCACUUCAAACUUGGUUUUGGGGAUCAACCUGCUUUACGGGGCAUCGAACAAAAUAUGAGGACGUUAACAUAUUUUGGAAACAGAUUGAGAGUGAAAAUUCAAUCGAUAGUGCUGAGGCGGAAGUGGCUUGCAAGUUCAUAUAUAGAUCCGCUGGUAUUGUUGAUACAGCACUUACGAGUGUAGAAGAAAAGAUGAAGCAGAAUCGGAAAUGUGCAAGUGUGGAUGAAGAGCGAUUCCCAAAAAUCAACAAAUAUGUGACGCCUACAAGAGAGUCACCUAGCGACAACUCCCCUACGUUGCCUCAUCGUAAACGGAUGCGUGAAGAUCUUCAACCAAAUUUGGUGGAGACCGUUGUAAGCGAUUAUGAAUAUGACGAAGAACAGAAGGAAACUUCUGAUAACGAAGAAUAUUCCGAUGAUGAAGAUUCUGAAAUUGAGAUGAGCGAAAAUACCCUUGAAUCCUUUGAUGAGGCAGAUCAACUCAUUGAAUCAGAAUGGAAAUUAUCGAGUGGGAAACUCGUCAAAAACGUCCUUUCAGAAAAAGCAUUAAAUAUUUUUGAGAGUUGUAAAAAUUCGAAAAGAUUGAAUGCUUAUCAAGCCAGUGUCAUUAGGCUCGGAUUUUCUUCUGUCGUUGACUUGUCUUCCGAAUUUCAAGAUGGCAUGAGUACCUGGUUCGGAAGUGAAUGGGCCGGAUUAAAACAGAAAGCGCAAAAUCAGAUAAACAUGAUACCAAUGAAGUUCGAAGGCUGUGUUCUAGACAGCAUUAUGAAGAUUGAGAAUCUAUGUUUAGAAUAUCAGUAUUGGGAAGCGCGAGAUUACUUAUUAAACCAAAUGAAGGAUCGUUCCGCCACAAAAAUCUAUCUUCAAAUCGUGAAAAUAUACUUUACAAUCUUGGAUACGCUACUUAACGAUCCAUACGUCUUUGUGGAUGAAAAUAACAAAGAAACAAAGCUAACGGAGAUGGAAUUUGUUCUCAAAACAGUGGCCCCGGUUAUGAACAUUAUAUUUUCAGAUAUCAAUCAUCUUGUUAGACUUCGAUGGGGGGAAACUGUAUCGAAGGCUAGCACCGCAUGUAGAAAAAUAGAUCUGAAAAUUGAGACUCGAGGGCAAUGCAUAGAGCUCAGUCAUACGGAAUGUGCACGAUCACCUACACCGGCCAAAAUCGUUCGGGAUCGUAGUAAAAUUCUACGUACUAACAAGUGCAUCCUUGACAAUAUUUUAAAACGGAACAUUUCUGAUCAAGCUGUUGAAGAUUCAGCAGUGUUUGCUUUCCAAUUCGCUGGAUUAUAUGGUCAACUCCUUGCUGUGGAUUUGUUUGAUAAUGGUCUAUACUUUGGCUUGGAAGGACCUGACUUCAAGUUUCCUUCGCAAUUACCUAAUAUCAAACCUCUGCGCCAAACAUUAGAGGAACGUAUAAUUCAGAAGGCUACUAUUCUGUUACAAUUCGAUACACAAAUAAACCCAUAUAAAAAAAUUUUCCAUAGUAUUGAUGAGAAGCAACCGGAACCAAAACAUAAAAAGAUCAAAUUCAUCAGAUCAACAUAUUUCACACCACGAAAACGUAAUCAAAAUUUUUUUUAUUGA